AUGGGAAAGCAAAAGAUUGUGACUGUUGGGCCAGCAUCAAUAGGCAAAACAUCACUUAUUAAUGCUCUCUGUGAUCGUGAGUUCAAUGAAGAUCAAAUGCCAACAAUCGCUCAAGAAUUUAUUUCACAAGAAGUUAUGUUUGAAGGGCACACUUUUACAAACGAAUACUGGGAUACUGCAGGGCAAGAAAGAUUCUCUCAUUUAAACGGAUAUUACAUUCAUGGAGCAAAUAUUGUAUUAGCUUUAUGUUAUGCGAAUGACCUUUCCAGUUUAGAAAGUAGUCUAAGUGUUGUGAAUAAUACAAUAGGAAGCAAUGAAUAUGAACUAAUAAUUGUUUUUUCAAAAUGGGAUAUUGAAUCUGUCGAUGAUGUUACACUUAGAAAAGCAAUUAAUGAUGUAAAAAUUUAUAAUCCAAGAGAUGUAAUUCCUACUUCUUCCAAGAUUCACUAUAAUAUCGAAGAAUUAAAAACAAUAAUCAGCUCUUGUUAUCAUGAAUCAACAGUCUCAGAACAUCCGGUUUUAAAAACUCAAUCUAGUUGUUGUUAA